UGCUGCGCGCGGUGCUGAGAGCCCAGCCCUGCCUGGCGCGGCCUCAAGCCCUGAGCGGCACCAGGUGCCCGGAACUUUGGGCACCGCCUCUGGGACUCCCUGGCCACCAGCAGACAGGAUGACAGGCCUUCCCACCCCAGGCUUCCGUGACCACAGGUGCUUGCCUCCUGCCCCUUGGUGCCUGUCUGCUGAUGUGCCCAGCCUGUGCCCACCAUGCCGCCCUCCAUCUCGGCCUUCCAGGCCGCGUAUAUUGGCAUCGAGGUGCUCAUCGCCCUGGUCUCCGUGCCUGGGAACGUGCUGGUGAUCUGGGCAGUGAAGGUGAACCAGGCACUGCGGGAUGCCACGUUCUGCUUCAUCGUGUCCCUGGCAGUGGCUGAUGUGGCAGUGGGCGCUCUGGUCAUCCCACUUGCCAUCCUCAUCAACAUUGGGCCACAGACCUACUUCCACACCUGCCUCAUGGUCGCCUGCCCUGUCCUCAUCCUCACUCAGAGCUCCAUCUUGGCCCUGCUGGCAAUUGCUGUCGACCGCUACCUCCGUGUCAAGAUCCCGCUCAGGUACAAGACAGUGGUGACUCCCCGAAGGGCUGUGGUGGCCAUCGUUGGCUGCUGGAUUCUCUCCUUUGUGGUGGGCUUGGCACCUAUGUUCGGCUGGAACAACCUGAGUGCAGUGGAGCGGGCCUGGCUGGCCAAUGGCAGUGUAGGUGAGCCCGUGAUCAAGUGCCAGUUUGAGAAGGUCAUCAGCAUGGAGUAUAUGGUCUACUUCAACUUCUUUGUCUGGGUGCUGCCCCCACUGCUGCUCAUGGUCCUCAUCUACCUGGAGGUCUUCUACCUGAUCCGCAAGCAGCUCAACAAGAAGGUGUCCGCAUCCUCUGGUGACCCGCAGAAGUACUAUGGGAAGGAGCUGAAGAUCGCCAAGUCGCUGGCCCUCAUCCUCUUCCUCUUCGCCCUCAGCUGGCUUCCCCUACACAUCCUUAACUGCAUCACCCUCUUCUGCCCUUCCUGCCAUAAGCCGAGGCUCCUCAUGUACAUCGCCAUCUUCCUCACACAUGGUAACUCGGCCAUGAAUCCCAUCGUCUAUGCCUUCCGCAUCCAGAAGUUUCGGGUUACCUUCCUUAAGAUUUGGAACGACCACUUCCGCUGCCAACCUGCACCCCCCAUUGAUGAGGAUCCUCCAGAAGAGAGGCCCGAUGACUAGACUCCACCUCCUGCUCCCACCUGCCCACAUCUGGGGCAUCUCAGCCCAGUCCUCACCUCCCUACUGUCCCGCUUGUCUCCCUGUCUCCCUGACUCUUCCCUACUGGGCAUUGGGCUGUGAGUGCCCAGCACCUCGAGGUCCUGGAGGAGUUUUGGGAGGGCAGCCCAUGGGGAAAGAACCAGGUAACCUGAGGGGAGGAGGAAAGCGGCUUGAGCCUCCCCACCUGCCUGACCAACCCACAGGCAGCCCAGUGCAUCAGGCUGAGUGGGGCCUGGGGACACUGAGACUGCCAAGGGGCCAUGUGGGCCAGGAGGGCAAGCUCAGGUCCCAUGGCAGGCAGGGAGGGGAGUCUGCUUGUCUUAGGUGGUAGUGGUGCAGCCCUGGGACCAAGCUUAAGGAGAGGAGAAUAUCCCCGCCAAGAUGGAGGGAAGGAGAGAAACUAGAUGUCCUGGCCUUGUUUUCUCUCCUGUUCUGUAGCAGAAGGUGACCAGAGCCACUGACAGGCAGGAAUCAAGGAGCCUCAAUCCCCACCUCCCAGAAGCCUGUGUUCCUGGCCAUGCUGCAUGCCAGGGUGCCUGCUCUCUUUGCCCUGGGGAUUCCACGGUUAUACUUGGGAGAGGCCGAAAGGGCGAGUCCAGAAAUAAUUUCCAGUAUUUGCUUUAUUCUUCACUAGCCCUUGGACCUGAGUGGGGGCUCCGAGCUCUCUGGAGCUAAUGUGGAAUGGUAGGUGUGGGCCUCAAACAGCCACUGGGAGACAGCGUUGAGCCCUCAUUCUUUCCCUGAGCCUCCCAAGUAGGAGACUUGGUGUGUAACUGCCUGUCCUCUGGGCCACCAGCUCUCGGUGAUGGGCCUGUGCCCUCCUAGGUGACACCCAUCUUUGUUGCUUCUGAGCCAGAUGGAGAGGAGAGCCCCAGACAUGCCAACUCUUGGGAGCAUUCUGCCUUUCUGGGGAGUGGAUGAAGAAGGGAAAGUGGGCUGCUCUGGUCACACUGGGAUGAAGUGUGACAGGGUGGUCAGGCCAGAGGAGACUACCCUCCUGGGUAUAUGGGCAGGAAGGUCUUACCAGAAUUUAGGUACCCUCAGUACCCCUGACACUUAGCACAGUGAUCAUGGGCUUUGAGGCUCUAUUGCAGAGUCUAGGCCUUUAGACUAAACCCUUGGGGAAGGGUCCGCUCCUGGCCAAGUCCAAAGCUCCUUAUACAGAAGAAUGAGGGGCCAGGUUCUAAGUGUGAAUAGCAACUCCAGACAUGAUUCCAGGCCCUUCUCUCUCUCAGAGGUGGGAUAUCCCCUGGCUCCCAGGGCGGGCCACUUGACUAAUAAAAGACUGUGAACCCUCA